AUGGCACCGCCAAAGACAUCAAUCUCCCAACCCCAGGACUCCCAUGUCGCCCUCAGCAACCUCCUCGCCUCCAGUACGGCCGCAUUAGCAUCCCGUCUCUGCACCCACCCUCUCGACACCGUCAAAACCCGGAUUCAGGUCUCAAACUCACCCCACCAGGGACUCAUUCCAACUUUUGUCGAACUAGUUCGAGCACGCGCUGUUUACCGUGGUCUACCCAUUGCUCUUGUCCUUAGUGUACCUGGGUUGUCGGUUUACUUGACUACCUAUGACCUUGCUAAGGACCGACUCUCGCGUCAAUUCAAGGGCUUUGGGACUGAUACGGUGCAUAAUCAUAUGCUGAGUGGUAUGAUCGCUGAGGUGUGCUCGGGACUCUUUUGGACGCCUAUGGAGAUUCUGAAGUCGAAGCAGCAAGUCGAGAACAUGUCCUCGGGAAAUUAUUCGUCAACAACUGCAGCGGGAGCGGCAGGAAGAUCGGCAUCGUCACCAGCUGCUUCCAACGUCUCGUCCUCAAUACCAUCAACGUCUUCAUCAACGUCUUCAUCAACAACAUCGACGAUACCAAAGUACACAUCAACAAUGAGUCUUGCUCGACAAAUCUAUCAGCAAGAAGGAUUUUUGGGAUUCUAUCGAGGAUACUUUAUCACACUGGGCGUCUUUGUGCCUUACUCGAUGAUCUACUUCGCCGCAUAUGAACAGCUCAAGGACAUGGCAUGGCGCAAGCUACACUCCAGUAAACGGGAUAAAAAUAACCGUCUGGCAGGACAGGACCCUCAGGAAGAACACGUACUGCCAUUUUUCGCAAUCAUGGGCUGCGCUGCAGUUGCGUGUGGAGUCGCGGCCGGGAUCUCGAAUAUUGUGGAUGUGGUCAAGACACGGUGGCAGACUUCGAUCUUGAGUACGACAGAGGAUACCUCGUCAACAAGGCGGAUAGCGACUCAAUUGUUUCGACAGGGAGGAUUUGCGAGUUUCACGAGAGGCAUGGGCGCCAGGAUCAUGUGGAUGGUGCCUAGUGUGACGAUAUCUAUGUCGACGUUUGAGUGGCUAAAAGCUCAUGGACUUGCUGGAGCAUUGGCGUCAUGA